AUGAGUACUGAUUCAAAACUUCACAAACAAUUUUAUGAAGCUUAUAAGAAUGAUUCCGAAAUGAAUCAAGUCAAUGUAUUUAUGUGUUUUCAUCCUAUAGCAAUGUGUGAAGUAUUUAUGCCUUUCAAUCGUACAUUGAUUGUUAUUGCAUCUACUCGAUAUGAAUUAGCACGAUUUUCUAAAGAAGAUUGGACUAAAUUAAAUAAAAAUCUUCAAAUAAUUGCUUCUAAUCCUCGGUAAGUAUUCAUAUAAAAAAGCUUUCAGCACAAUCCCUUCCGGGAUUAAAUGUGAAACACGAUCCAGCUGCUUUUCCUAAUUGCAGGAGAAUCUUUUAAAUUUAUCUAUUUCGAAGCACAUUUCUAAAAUAUUUUUUUACCUAUUCCUUCAAAAUUGGAAUCAAAAAUUAGUUUAUACGUUAUAAUAAAACGUUUUUGAUGCGUGAUCUUUGAUCUUAUAUCAACAGUCUUGUAUACUCAAUGAUUGCUUCUCGGAGUGUUUAUUAACAUAUUAGACAUGUUAGUCAUCGUCUGUGAGGAGUAUUCUAUUAGCAACUAAUCCUUAAUUAUGAGGUGAAUAAUCAGUUUCAAACUAGGCAUUAAGUAAUUAAUUAACUACUUAAGAGAGGGUCCAUGAAAAUACCACCAAAUUUAUAUAUCAUCG